GGCAUUGCGGUGCCGUUCUCUCCCUCAAUUUCUGCAACAGCAACAGCAACAGCAACCGRCACAACACCAGCAUCCUCGGCCUUUGCAGWCUGGACGACGGACACGACAGCAUCAACGGCAAUCACAACAACAGCAACAAUGGCCAAGGGAAACGACGGAUCGGCGGCCCGCCGCCGGACCACGAAGAAGCUCCUCGCCGCGGCGGCCUGCGCCCUGGCGAUCGUGGCAACCGUCGCCUUCUUCGGAAGCCCCCCGGCGGGCCAAGAAAGGGUAGAAAUCGGCUACCACGGGCACGAAGGGGAGCGGGGCCUCGAUUCCUACGAGGGAGGAAACCCGCGCCGCCGGAAGCACCACAAGCACCACAAGGCCGGUAACCACAACAACAACCAUAAAAAUAACUACUACGACAACAACAACCGUAACAACAACAACAACCACAACAACAACGGCGAGCGGAGGCACAAGCACCACAAGGGGGAAAAGAUCACGGCCUCGGACUACCACCGGGCGGAGAUCGGGAGGAGGAACGCGGAAGGCGCCACGGACCGGAGGCACCAAGGCCGCCACGGAUUUGGCGGCAUCGACGACGACCUGCAUGCCCGGAUGGCCAAGCGGUUCCGGCCCMGSGGCGAACGAGAACCCGGAAACUURGACGACGGGAGCGAGAGCGGCAGCGGAGACGCCGCAAGGGCCAUCACACCGGGCAGCGACGACCACGGCCUCGCGGGCUUUCGGGCCUGGAAGGCCGACCGACCGGGCGAACCAAGCGAAAGCGAAAGCCAGAGCGGAGACGACCGMCCUUACCCGCCGCCCGCCCUCCUGGCCAGGAUCCGCCGGGAGCUGAUCGAGGAAUCGGGAGAGGGGGCAACCCGCGGGGGGGACGUCCUGGACGCGGUCCUGGCCGGGUCGACCCACCUGGUCUCGAUCGGUGCAAACUCCCGCCUGGGGACCUCGCGGGACGGCUCCUACCAGGGGGUCACCGGAAGGUUCUGCAGGCUGGACUUUGGCCUGCACAAGAAGGACCCCUCCAAGUGUACGUAACGUAACGUAACGCAACGUAGCAGA